AUGGAAGAUGCCUUGUCGCUGUGCAGCUUUAGACUGUACACUCACAUGCGGGAUACUGUCGAGCUCAGUGGAAGAACUUGCGGUUCCAAGGUUCUGUUGGACCAGCACGUUUACUACCGAGCACUGCAGUCAUCUGCCUCCUUCCUCCACUCUGCCCUCUCUCUCUCUCGCCGGACGCCUCACUUCCGAUUCUCUGCUCCGAAUUUCCGCUCGGAGAUCUUCUACAGAGAGAGCUUCGAUUUCGGGAUCUCCGUAGGUUCUUCUGUGCGGAAAGUUUUGCUCCAUCGCCUGUCGGUGAAGCUCGCAUUCACUGGUAUGGAGUUUACAGGUGAAAAGCUCAGGAGUGUCGUCUCUGGGUUGCUUCCCGAGUGUGGUGCAAUCUUCAUGUCGAAUACCCGUACUAAGAAAGAGUGCCUCAGGAAGAAGCUCUUUGGGCUUCCAUCUUCGUCCACUGAGUUUGUGAAGAAUGUCAAAGCCGGUAUGGUUUUGUUCCCGUUUGAGUAUGAGCGAAGAAAGCUUUAUGGAGUUUUCAAGGCAGCUUCCGAUGGCGAGAUCAAUAUUGUUCCCUCUGCCUAUGGCUUAUCUGGGAAGCACUUCCCUGCUCAGGUCUGAGUCAAGAGAAUCUGGAAUUGUGAUCCACUUUCUUAACAGGAGUUUUCUUAUGCUAUCAAAGAUAACUAUUUUGGCACCAAGAAGUUCCAUCUCGGUCUGUCCAGAUAUCAGGUAUCUGGUUUAGCUCAUGUUAUGUGUAAGAUCAGGAUAGUUCCUUUCUGAGCUUUAUAUUGGUUUCAGAUUUUCUCUGUUUAGGUUAAGCAACUCCUUCACUUGUUUAUCUCGAGGAAGAUUUCGAGGGACUCGAAUUUGUUUACACUGAGAGAAUUCAGAAGCAAAUGCCAUAGGUCAUCGUGGAACUCAAAUUCUGAAACAUCUAUUCCUAUGGAUGCGGUUUCAACUCUUCAGCAAGUUACCAAGACAACUUGCUUGGACAAACCCGAGGCUUCAAGUCCUAACUAUUCGUCAUCACCUCAGAUAAGCCAGAGCUCCUUGAACUUAUCGAUGAGAAGUCAUCCAGACCAUGAUUCCGUGAUGAUAAAAGGGGAUAACAGUUCUAAUUUGAUUGAUGACCUUGGUGAUUUCAUACCCUUGCCUGUGCCCUCUGAUGAUGAAACAGACCUUGAAGAGGGCAAACUCUUGCCUCUUGAUGAUCGGAUCCUAUCUUCUCGUUCUGAUAUUGGUGGAGAUGACCAUUUGUCUGACUCUGAUCUGUAUAUUCCAGUGCCUAUUUUUGGUGGUCAAAGUACUGACAGUGAGGAAAUUCCCAGCAUCAGAGGUCUUUACAGUGACACUCCUCUCAUACGGAAAAGCGUCUUUUCGCGCUUGAAUAUUGCCUCGAAAGAGAAACAAGAGGAUGAGAACCGUGAUAGAGUGGAUAAAUUCAUGGAUGAAAUAGUGGGAGAGUUGCAGCUCAAGCGUGUCCUCCAAUGGGGGACAAAGAAAGAUCCAAGUUCUGCUGAACUGGUCGGUCGAGGCAUGAAUUUGAGGAGGAACAGUGUCUUUCAACGAUUAUGAGGCUGGCCCUCAAAAACUAAAACCACCGGAAAGAAAUAGAUGGAAUGAGCUUGGAAUGGGUAUUAAGGACAUCUGCUUGUUGAAGAUCAGUGGAUGAAGUAAAUACUGAACCCAGUGCUAGGUACAGAAUGGCUUAUUGUACAGACCAACAAUGGAGAGAUCUUGUAGAUAUGCACGUGGCGCGGUUUCAGGGACUUCAAUUGGAGGUUGUUAUAGUGGGAGUGCUCUCUUGUGAAGACUAAGCGCCAUCUGAUUUUGACGAAAACGAAGUAGGAAGCAGCAAGAUUUAUCAUUUGAUGUUUACUUCUACUAUCUCUGAUAUGCGAUUUGAUAUUCAUGAGAUAGAGCUAGCUGCCUUGUGACCUUUUGCUUAUAGAUCUUAGUCGGGUAGUUUGAAGAAACCUGUAGGUGGAUCUUCCUUUUUACCCCUUUUGCUGUUAUUUGGCAAUUUGACUGUCUGUUUCGAAAACUGAAUGGUCUAAUAAGUUGGAAACUGAUGAUGUUUUGCUGUAA